UGGUCAGCUUUGACUAUUGGUUUCUCUGAUUUAUCAGCAUUUUCUAAAGCGAUAGAUGAAGGAAGAGACGACUGCAAGAAAUUUCGUGAAAAUUUCUCAAAGUCCUGACAGUUCUUCCCCUCUUGUCAGGACUAUCUUCCUUAUCACUCUCUUGGAUAGUUAACAAGAAGCUCUUUCCACCUUGAAUUCAAUUCACUGAGUGAUCUCUCUCUACCAUACGCCAUGAAGAAUUUCACCCAAAGGUUCUUUUCUUCACAGAAAAAACUGUGUGUCUUAACCCUUUUCCACUUCACCUUUCUCUACAGCAUAACCAUCGCCUUCGCUGGUGGCUUGCCAAAGCCUUACACGCCUCAUGACAACAUAGCCCUUGAUUGUGGCUCCACGAACAACAAAAUUGAUCUUGCUGGCCGAUCCUGGUUUGCAGAUAGCACCAUCUUUUUAGAUCAGUCGAAUAAGGUAUCAGUUAUCUUAAGUUCUGUAACAAAGGGAAACUCCAUACCUUACAAAACUGCUCGCCUCUCUCGCUCUCAAUUCACCUACUCAUUCACAGUCACACCAGGACCAAAAUUUAUUCGCCUUCACUUCUAUCCAAGUUCAUACCAAGAAUUCAAUCGCUCAAAUGCCUUUUUUGAUGUCCAUAUCGGUGGUUAUACCCUCCUAAGAAGCUUCAGCCCUGCCCUCACAGCUGAUUAUCUAAAAUCAGAAGUCUUUGCAAAAGAAUUUUGCAUAAAUAUUGACGAUCAAAAGCUGAACAUUUUGUUCAGUCCGGAUCCUAGUAUGCCAGAUUCUUAUGCUUUCAUCAACGGAAUCGAAAUCGUUUCCAUGCCCAACAAUCUUUACUACUCUGCAGACGAUGAUACAGGGUUCAAUUUUGUAAAUCAGGUAAACCCUUACCGCAUCCUGGAGAAGCAGGCUCUUGAAACUGUAUACCGAGUGAAUGUUGGCGGUAGCUCCAUUUCACCUGCACAAGAUACCGGUAUGUACAGGAACUGGUCUGAGGAUGAUGAAUACUUGACUAAUGGUAAACCUAGUGUUCUUCCUGUUAACCUUAGCAUCAACCCCAGUUUCAGCGUGAUACCAAAUUACAGUGCCCCAAUCCCAGUCUAUAAAACUGCCAGGACUAUGGGGACCAACAAAACUGUGAACGAGAACUAUCGACUCACUUGGGAAUUCCGAGUUGAUUCUGGGUUUACUUACUAUGUCAGGUUACACUUUUGCGAAUUCCAGAAAGAAAUAACAGAGCCUGGUGAUAGAGUAUUUCAGAUUUACAUUGACAAUAUUGUUGCUGAACAUCAAGCGGAUGUAAUCUCUUGGGCUGGUGCAAAAGGGGUGCCGGUCUAUAGAGAUUACGCUGUGAUGAUUGGUAGAGCAGGAACUGAAAAGAAAAGAAAUCUAUCUAUUGCACUUCACCCUGCCCCAGCUUGGAGGACCAAAUAUUCUGAUGCUAUUUUGAAUGGGGUUGAAAUCUUCAAAUUGAGCAAUGAAGGCAAUCUUGCGGGAGCAAACCCUGACAGAAUACCUACCAUUCCACAUCAAAACUCUCUUCCACCACCAAUAAGGCCAAAGUACAAUAGCAGAGCAAUAUUUCUCAUUGUUAUUGGUGUAGCAUCGGGCUUUGUUGCGCUUUCUGCUAUAUGUUUCUUGAUUUUCCGCCCAAAAUCGAGAGUUGAAGUAUCUUCAUCGUGGUACCAACUAUCUUGUAAGGAUUACUCUUCGAUGGACGGCAGUGGUGAAGAGCACAGCGGUGUUGGUAAACAUUCCAAGAAUACAUGCAGUCCAGAAAACAAGAAAUGGGAUCUCCUCUAAUGAAGUGUUUGCUCAAUUUUACUAGUCUAUUUUGUCACUGUUCUACCAUUUAUAAUUUUCAGGCUCCUCCUUAUGGUAAAGGUAUCAAAAGAGCAUUAUCCUGGGUUUUUUUUUUUUUUUCAAUCAAAUCUGUGAACUAUUGAAGCAUAAAUUAGUGAUUAAAUAUUUUCUAUGAAUGGUUAAAGCCUAUAUUAUAUCAA